GGGCACUUCAGCGGGCGAGGCGGCGGAGGAGGCCGAGGCGGAGGAGCAGCGGGCGCUCGCCGCCGCCGCCACAGCCUCGCUCCCCGGGCACCGGCGGGGAGAAUGACGGAGCUCCAGUCCGCCCUGCUACUGCGGAGACAGCUGGCAGAGCUCAACAAAAACCCAGUGGAAGGCUUUUCAGCAGGCUUAAUAGAUGAUAAUGAUCUCUAUCGAUGGGAAGUCCUCAUUAUUGGUCCUCCAGAUACACUGUAUGAAGGCGGUGUCUUCAAGGCUCACCUUACUUUCCCAAAGGACUAUCCACUCAGGCCACCAAAAAUGAAGUUUAUCACAGAAAUAUGGCACCCAAAUGUUGACAAAAAUGGGGAUGUCUGUAUUUCCAUCCUUCAUGAGCCUGGUGAAGACAAAUACGGAUAUGAGAAGCCUGAAGAACGCUGGCUACCCAUCCAUACUGUGGAAACCAUAAUGAUUAGUGUAAUUUCUAUGCUGGCAGAUCCCAAUGGUGACUCUCCUGCGAACGUGGAUGCAGCGAAAGAAUGGAGGGAAGAUAGAAAUGGAGAAUUCAAAAGGAAAGUUGCCCGCUGUGUAAGAAAAAGCCAAGAGACUGCUUUUGAGUAACACUUACUUCAGCAGCUAGUAGCUUCACGUUUUUCAGGGUCUUCAAUUGAGGAACAUGGCACUGUUUUUCCUGCACUCUACCCACCUAUUGCUGGACUUCUGUUUAUACCACGUUGGCAGACACUGGCUGGAACUGGGCUGCAAUAAAACAUGCCAGUUAUUAAUGCUGACAGAAAGCCUAAUAUGUGCCAACAAGGAUUUGCGCAUUUUGAAAACUAAUGGAACUGCUUUAACCUUCAGGAAGAGUUGUAAAGAUGUGUACAUAGCACAACAUGAUCCGGAUAAUAUAUAUACUGUUCAUGUACAUCCACAAAUACACAUUGUACCAAAUAAUAAUGCUGUCUUGUAGUUAGAAUAAGAAUCGUGUAAAUUCUACAGAUUUUUAGCAGGUUUUCCUUUUCUUCCCCCAUCCCCACUCCCAAUUCACAUUUUUCUUGUAAGUCUUUAAAAUUUCUCGUGAAGCAUGUCAGACUAAAACAAAUUAGGAUUAAAAAUUCCAUUUUAACUUUUUUUUCAGCCAUUGGAGCAUCAUCUGACUUUAAUAAAGUUUAAUACCUUUAUAACUCCCUUUCCCUCUACUUUUUCAGAUUACAUUAGUAAAACACUGAUCUAUUACUUGAUUCUAACACAACUUGAGACUGUCAGCAGGCGGUGCAUUUGUUUCCUUUAUGUUAUUACUCAGCUGUGCUCGUCCCUUGCCUUGGAUGCAGCAAUAAGGCAUAACAGCUGUAGGGCAUCCUUGAGCCUGGCACCUUUCCCAAAAGGGCUGAGAGCUUUGGAAGUGGUCAGCUUAAGUUAGCCAGUGUAGGUUGAUCUGCUUUUUUAUUUCUUGCUGGUUUGAAGUUGGAUAAAUAAAAGCAUGCAGAACUGUAGGCUUUCAAGUGAGUUCUGGUUUUGCUAUCAAAUGCUGUCUCCCCACCUUUCACUCUCUUCUCACAUUUCUCUCUUUUCCUUCAUCCUUUGCCUUCUAAUCUCCUGCAGAUUUUCCUCACUUAAUGUACAAAGAGAAAUUGCGAUGUAUAUUUUCAUGUAACUUGAUUUUGGAAUUCUGUCACCUUCUGUAGUGAGUUCUUCCAAAAUAUAAAUUUUUCCAAUA